AUGAAUAUCGAACUGACUUCAUUUCUUGAUAAUAAGCAAAAUGUUUGUUUCCGAGGAAAGGAUAUUGCUAAGAUACUUGGAUAUACAGAUACUGACGAUGCUGUCAGAAGGCACGUAUCCGCAGAAAACAAAAUGAUACAAUUUAUACGACCAAAUUGUUGGGGCGGUAAAACACCGGGUCAACAAAAUGACACUAGAGGGAAAUAUUAUACAUUCAUAAACGAGCCCGGCUUCUAUGAACUUGUAUUCGGUUCUAAAUUAGAGUUUGCUAAAAGAUUCCGCCAAUGGGUAUUUACUACAGUCCUCCCAUCUAUCCGUAAAUAUGGCCAAUACAAACUGUUUGAUAGUCCCUGGAAUAAGAUGAUCAUGAUUGGCAAUGAGACUGACCUCCAGUACAAAGUAGUGGACCUCAUAAGGAGAUAUUAUCCAGAUACUAUAUAA